ACAAUCGCCGAUUUGUGGGAACUCUACGGCAAUCUCUCGAAUCCGUUAUCACUUGUGGUGAAGCAUCUGUUGGCCAGAAGUCUAUGUCUGAUAGCAUUACCGCUAAUACUUUAUAUGACAUUCUUUUGGAUUCAUCUGAAAGUGUUAUAUAAGUCGGGAAACGGCGACGGAUUCUUCAGUUCAGCCUUUCAGUCACAACUUGAGGGCAAUUCUCUAUACAACGCAUCGAUGCCUCGAUAUAUUGCUUACGGCGCUGUCGUCACACUGAAGAACCAUCGGACAGGCGGUGGAUAUCUUCACUCUCAUUGGCAUCUCUAUCCCGAGACUGUGGGCGCAAAACAACAACAGGUGACCACAUAUUCACAUAAAGACGACAACAAUAAGUGGCGAAUCAAGAAAUACGAUAAGGAGUCCAAUGCCGACGACGGAGACAUUGAGUUCGUUAAAAACGGGGAUCUGAUCCGUUUGGAACAUUUGGUCACCACUCGCAACCUUCACAGCCAUAAAGAGUUAGCGCCCGUCACUAAGAAACACUUCCAGGUGACCUGUUAUGGUGACAAUGGGACGGGAGAUGCGAACGAUGUGUUCAAAAUCGAGAUAACGGGCGGUCGAGAGGAACAGAUGGUGGAAACGGUGACGAGUAAAGUAAAACUGGUUCACUAUUUGAUGAAUUGUGCGCUUCAUUCGCAUUCAAAACAACUGCCGAAAUGGGGUUUCGAGCAAAUGGAGGUCUCGUGCUCUCCGAACCUCUUGAACGCCAACAUCUUCUGGAACUUCGAAGACAAUCACUUCCCGCGUCUGCCAAACGUGAGCUUUGAAGUGUAC